UCGAAUCUCUCUCUUGUAUUGGAGGAGGUAGAAUCUAUAAAUCUGUUUUUAGACUGACGCUGGGCGCCACUCUCCAGUUUUCUACACAGUUAUUGUGCUUUUCUCCUUCUCUAAAGGAACAGCAGUUUGCACAGUGCCAGAGCUUCUCCUCAGGAGAAUCAAAGGGGAAGUUAUUCAUAAAAAAUAAAAAAAAAUGCACGAGAACAAACAAACACACAACGGAAGCGCAAGGUGGAACGGCUAUAAACAAGGGGGCGUGUCCAUCUCACUCGACCACUCCUCCCUGCCAGGCUGCGCUUCCGUGUUUACACACCCACCAAAAAACAAAAAAAAAACAAAAAAAACACGGACACUAGCGGCCGUCAGCUGAAUGUUUACCGAGCAGGCAUCGAGUGGCGGCGGUGAGGGAAGCGACGGUCACACCGGAGGCUCGGUGUACACGGUGGCGCGCAGGUGAUUUCGGCUCGCAGCGCGGUUGCUGCAACCUCACAGCGGAAUGUUCACUCGCAGGGGGCAUGGCGACGUCAAGAAAUCUACACAGAAAGUUCUGGACCCAAAGAAGGACGUGCUGACCCGGCUCAAGCACCUCCGGUCGUUGCUGGAUAUCAUUGACAAGAGUGAACUGAAAGCAUUCUUCGAGGGCAACUGUUCUCAGAUUUAUUUUAUCUUCUAUGAAAAUUUCAUUACACUGGAAAGCAACUUAAAACAAAAAGGGAACAAAUCUCAAAGGGAGGAGCUGGACUCUAUCCUCUUUAUUUUUGAAAAAAUUCUCCAACUCCUGCCCGAGAAAAUCUACAACCGAUGGCAGUUUCACAGUAUAGGUUCUAUUCUGAAAAAGCUUCUACACACUGGAAAUUCAUUCAAGAUUCGCUGUGAGGGGAUCCGUCUCUUCCUGCUGUGGCUGCAGGCCCUGAGGGACAACUGUGCUGAGGAGCAGUUCCUCGUCUUUGCCUGUCUGGUGCCAGGAUUCCCUGCUGUGCCCUCCACUAGAGGGCCCUGCACCCUCGACACCAUCAUUUACAACCCCUUCUCCAAUCCGCCUGAUGGUGAGGCGGGCACAUCUAAAGUGGUGCCUGAGGAGAUUACCCCGCUCGUUCCGGCUGUGGUGGGAGAAAAAGUUGCAGAUGACCAGACCUGUUAUAUCCUCGAUACCCUGCUCAAGUACAUGGUCAUUCAGGCAUCCAGUUUAGAAUGGAGGAACAAAGAGAACCAGAACACAGGCUUCAGGUUUCUCUUCAGCCUGUUCAAGAAGUACUACCUACCACAUUUAUUCCCCUCAUUCACCAAACUCACAAACCUCUACAAGCCUUUAUUAGACCUCCCGCACCACAGACCAAAACCCUUGUACGUGCCAGUGACGCGGAACAAUGAGAGCACCUUCUGCACCAGGGACCAGUACCUGGCGCCCCGUGUGGCCUUUAUCACCUGGCUUGUCACCUUCUUCCUGGAGAAGAAGUAUGUCAGCAGUGCUGCAGUGGCGCAGAGCGCCAAAAACGGCACCGAGGUCAUUCCCAAACUCAUCCAGACUGUCACUGCAGGCAGUAGCAGCCAGGAGAAGAAGGAGGAUAAGACAUCAGAUGGGGAUGCGAACGGAGCAGCGGGGGAGCCUGAGAAGAGCCACUCCAACAGCAGCACGCUGUCGGACCGGCGGCCCAGCGAUUCCAGUUUGUGUAGCAUCGAGGAGGAGCACCGCUAUGUCUACGACAUGGUGCAUGCCAUCCUGCUGUCCACCAGGGACAAUGUGAAUUUUGUCAAUGAGGUCUUCCACCAGGCUUUCCUUCUGCCAUCCUGCGAGGCGUCCGCAACCAGGAAGGUGAUCAAAGUGUACAGGAAGUGGAUUCUACAGGACAAGCCCGGCUUCAUGUCAGAGCCUGACAAAACUUCCCGGGGAGAUGAAAUGGAUGGCCGCUCUGAACAGAUACUGAACAGCACUGAGACAAACAGCAUUCAUGUACAGAUGGAGAGUCACGGUCACAGACGAACAUCCAGCUGGGGGAGGACUUACUCCUUCAGCAGCGCCAUCAAUCGGGGCUUUCUCACCGAGGAGCAGAACAGGGACGUCAAGGCUGGCAUCCAGCCCACGCUCCAGGUGUUCCUGACCAACUCAUCCAAUGUGUUCCUUUUGGAGCCAUGCCAGGAUGUACCGAAACUUCUGGAAAACCAGGUUGAGGUGUGCAAAGGUGUUCUCAGCAUCUACCGUCACAUGAUCAUGGAGCACACGAUGGAUACACAGACGUGGGAGCAGAUGCUGCAGGUACUGCUGAGGAUCACUGAGGCGGUGAUGAAGAGGCCACAGGAAAACCAAAGAAAAGACAGCUUUGCAGAAAGUUUAGCAUCGAUACUCUUCAGGACCAUCAUCGUGGCGUGGGUGCGAGCCAACUUGUGCGUAUUUAUCUCCCGGGAGCUAUGGGACGAGCUGCUGGCAGUGUUGUCCUCUCUUACCUGCUGGGAGGAGCUGGUGACGGAGUGGGCCAGCAUCAUGGACUCGCUGACGGCUGUGCUGGCACGCUCCGUCUAUGGCCUGGACAUGGGCAGCCUGCCUCUGGACAAACUCAGUGAACAGAAGGAGAAGAAGCAGAGAGGACGUGGAGUGAUCCAGGACUCCCAGAAGGCCGCAGCAGUGGCCCGCUCCUUCUCACUGAGCUGGAGGAACCAUGGGGAGCAGGGUGGGCCGGGGGUUCAAGAGCCAAUGAGGAUUCGCUCUGCCACUACGUCAGGUGCUCCUGGUGUGGAGAAUGCCAGAAAUAACGUCCGACAGAAAGCAUCUGCUAAGCGAAGCCAGUCCAUCAGCAACUGUGUCCAUCUGUAUGAGGCUUUGCCCACCACUAAAAGUGUUCCUAUGCUGCUCCACACUGUGAGCUCUUUCUUGCCUGGUAUCUCUUCUGGUAACUCUGCUUGCUCUCACAGACUCUCAGAUGUGGAGGAAUGUCAGCUGUCAGAAUGUGGGGGAGAGGAGGAGCUGGGAGGCAGGGAUAGCCCUCUGCCACGUAGCAGCAGCACCUCCGACAUCACCCAACAACCGGCUGAAACUUUACCCGCCCAGAAGAGAGAGUGCUCCCCUACUUCCUGUGGCUCAGACAGUAGGACGUCUGAGGGCCGGAGAGAAAGCAGUGAGCCACCGGUGAUCCUCAUCCGACAGAGCAGCAAUACAGCUGAGACAGAGUGCAACGCUGAGGGACACACAAACUACACAAGGCCCAAGAUCAGAGAGAAAAGUGAGAGUAUAAGCAGUGAGACGUCCAAUGGCUACCUCAAUGAAGCUGAGGUUACCUGGCAGGCCUUCGACGAGGAGGCUGACACUCAGUCCACACAGUCCGCCCACAUGGAUGUGACAACUGACCCCCAAGGCCAGGGGAGUUUGCUGCUCAGCCACAACGAGGCUCUAGCAGGUCCUGAGUGUGCCCACCCUCCCCACUCUGCACCCCCGUCCUACCACCACCACAACCACUACCACUACCCCCAGAAUCCCCCCACCUCACCAGCCCUGCUGGUGCACACAGAGUGCCCUCGGGACUACCCCCUGGACGACAACAUGCAUCAGUCUGUCUUACACAUGCCACACCACUUGGACAGCAGCGAAUGUCUGGCUGACGAUGUCAGUAUCAUCGCUGGUGGGACCCUGAGUGGUUGGCACGCUGAUUCAGCCUUCGUCCUAUGGAGGAGGAUAUUGGGUAUACUGGGAGAUGUCAACAGCAUCCGCUGCCCAAAAAUCCACGGCAAGGUCUUCUCCUAUCUCUAUGAGCUCUGGCACAAGCUGGCCAAGAUCCGGGACAACCUUGGGAUCAGUGUGGACAACCAGUCUUCUCCACCCCAACCUGCCUUCAUCCCUCCUCUCCGAAUGCUUGCCUCUUGGCUCUUCAGGGCCACCAUGCUGCCAGCAGAAUACAAGGCCGGCAAACUGCAGGCCUACAAGCUGAUCUGUGAGAUGAUGACCAGGCACCAGGAUGUGCUCCCCAACAGUGAUUUCUUGGUGCACCUCUACUACAUUAUACACAAGGGCUUCUCCAGCGACGACCAGGAUGUUUUGAACACCAUCAUCCGCUCCUGCUCCCCUCGAUUCUUCUUCCUCGGCCUGCCGGGCUUCACCAUGCUUCUUGGAGAUUUCAUCACUGCUGCUGCCUGUGUUCUCAGCUCAGUUUCCCCAGAGGCUCCGAGGAUGGAGGCUCAAACUGUCCUGGGCUCUUUGGUGUGUCUCCCCAACCUUUACCUCCAGAUUCCUGUAUUGCAACACGUGCCUGGCUCUGAGGAAAUUCUUGUGGGCAAUGAGGACAUCAAGGAUUAUCUGGUCAACAUCCUGCUAGAAACAGCAACAAAGGAACACUGUGAAGGGGCCAGGUGCAUUGCUGUGUGCAGUCUGGGCCUGUGGGUGUGUGAGGAGCUCAUGCAAAAAAACAUCCACGUCCAAGUUAAAGAUGCCAUCAAUGUCUUGGGAGUAACACUAAAGUUUGGGAACAAAGCCGUGGCACAAGUAGCCUGUGACGUGUUCCAGCUGCUCAUUUCUCACUGGGAACACCUGAAGAGGUUGGAGUCCACUCUGCCCAAGAAAAUCAUUGAGAUCUUUGUGGCCACAAUAGCCUUUUUGUUGCCGAGCGCAGAGCACUCAACGGUGGAAGCGGACAAAAAGUUGAUGGUGUCGCUGCUGCUUUGCCUGUUAGACUGGUGCAUGGCCGUUCCCUUGAGUCUCCUGCUGGAACCAGUCACCAUGCCUUCAGUGGACGAUCGCACAUCCCACAAGGCUCCACUGCUGGACUACAUCUACAGGGUGCUGCACUGCUGUGUGUCCGGCUCCAACCUGCACACCCAACAGAGCCACUACCUCCUCAGCCUGUCAGACUUGUCCUCUGACUACGACCUCAUGUUGGGUCAGGUUAAGAGCUUCGAGCCGCCGCCCUCCCAGUCAACCACUACUGACUUCGGCAACCUGCUCACCGUAGCUGAAGAAAAGCGACGUCGGAACAUGGAGCUGAUACCCCUGACGGCGCGGAUGAUCAUGACACACCUGGUGAACCAUCUGGGUCACCAUCCUCUGAGCGGUGGCCCGGCCCUUCUCCACAGCCUAGUGAGCGAAAAUCAUGACAACCCGUAUGUGGAGUCGUCGGAGCUGUCCUCAGAGGUCUUCAAAAGCCCAAAUCUGCAGCUGUUUGUCUUCAACGAUAGCACGCUCGUGUCCUACCUGCAGAUCCCCGCUGAGACACCCACCGUGGGCCAACCCCGACAUCCUUCUUCCCAAGUGCGAGUCAUCGUCCGGGACAUCUCUGGCAAAUACUCGUGGGAUGGCGCAAUCCUCUAUUGCACCACCCAAGAAGACCCCGUUGACAUGGGAGUUUUUGAUGCCGUUGACCACCCUCUUUCUAACACCGAACCCGUCGCUCACAGUAGAAACCAGACCCACUCUCCAACUAAGGGGCCGCACAAAAAGCAUUGUUCAAUCUCGGACUCCCUCUCUGGCUGUUGUGAGGAGGAGGAAGUCGAUGUCCUCGAUACGCUGUUGGAAGACCUCGGCCACAGCAGCCCAGAAUGCCUGCCCCAGUCACCACUCCAACUUAACCAGCCAGCCCCCUCACCCCGUGGCAUGAACAUAGAGCAAGAGAGCGCCAUUCUGGAGGCCAUCCUCUGUCAGACCCAGCAGGAGGAGGAGCAAGUGAGGAGUUGGGAUGCUGAUGUGAGCUUUCGGGCCGCCUGCCAGAGUGAACCAUCACACCAGGAACCAAAAGCUCCUUUCUAUUUCUGCCGGCUGCUGCUUAACGACCUCGGCAUGAACUCCUGGGACCGCAGGAAAAGUUUCCACUUGCUGAAGAAAAAUUCAAAGCUCUUAAGAGAACUGAAGAACUUGGAUUCCCGGCAAUGCCGAGAGACGCACAAGAUUGCUGUGUUCUACAUUGGAGAGGGACAAGAAGACAAGUGCUCUAUCCUGUCCAACAGCGCAGGCAGCCAGGCCUAUGAAGACUUUGUAUCGGGACUGGGAUGGGAGGUGGACCUGGCCACACACUGUGGCUUCAUGGGCGGCCUCCAGAGGAAUGGCAGCACAGGUGUAACAGCUCCUUACUAUGCUACCUCCACUGUGGAAGCCAUCUUCCACGUCUCCACGCGUAUGCCGUCUGAUUCUGGUGACUGCCUCACUAAAAAGCUGCGUCACCUGGGAAACGACGAGGUACACAUAGUGUGGUCGGAGCACAGCAGGGACUACCGGCGCGGCAUCAUCCCAACCGACUUUGGAGACGUGCUGAUUGUCAUCUACCCAAUGAAGAACCACAUGUAUUUCAUCCAGAUCAUGAAGAAACCACAGGUUCCAUUUUUUGGGCCUCUGUUUAAUGGCGCCAUCAUCAAUGGGAAGCUGCUGCCAAGCUUGGUGCGGGCCACCUGUAUCAACGCCAGCAGAGCCGUCAAGUCCCGCCUGACUCUCUACCAGAGCUUCUAUGAGGAGCGGGCGCUCUACUUGGAGGCCAUUGCUCAGAACCACAGAGAGGUCAUGACAUUUGAAGACUUCGCCUCGCAGGUCUUCUCCCCCUCUCCGGGCUACCCGAUGAGUGGGACAGGUUCCUUCACCGGCAGCACGAGCACCGAAGCCAGCGCUCCGGCAGGCGCGGCGGACUCUGUCGACCAGGUCUCUCCCACCAUGCCCCGUGCCACGAAGAACCGAGUGUCCGGGAAACUCCGCCGAUCAGCCAGCGCUAUAAGCAAAUCUUCCAACUGAGCUCUUCGACCCUCCCCGAACCCCCCAACCCGAGUGCAGCCUUUAAUAUUUCCUCUCAAGACAACCUCCCACAACCAGCCGUGACUGCAAGAGGUGGCUGUUGUUUUUCCCUUCUGUCGUUUUAUUUUGUGUCGUAUAAACAUGUAACUGGAGCACAUUGCAAUUUUUUUUUAAUUUGUGCGGCAAUCAUGUACCCCGCUGAUAACAUUUCCAUUUGUUGGUGGUGUUUCACCGCGUUAACGGCGAUGAACGUGAGACUAAGCUAUUUAUGUUCAUCCUGGUGGUUUCCGCUCAAGAAUGGGCAACAUAGGAAGACUUGACUUCACCGAGGGAGUCUUAAAGUAACCGGUGACGACAACAACAACAAAAAGAAGUCCUUUUUAUUCUCAUUUUCUAGUGCGGUCGCAAUGCACUGGAGAAACACGAGGUUCUUCCUAUAGUAAGGGAAUGGGAGACUGCUUCUAUCUCAACACGUAAUGUCACAAAGCACUGAAUGACGCCGCUGUAAAUGGCACCGUGCUCAAGCUGCACAAGAGAGUGUUAUCCGUCUAUAAACGUGUCUGCCUUUUUUUUACUUCUUUGCGCGUCUGCCACAACCUUCCUGUGUCGGAGAUGCCACUUCCAGUCGGUGGAUGGAUUUUGUCCUGCUGCUUCAGCACCAGUUCCCAUCACGUUCGUGGACAGUCCUCCUCCUACAGUGGAGACAGAGGAAAGACUGAUGCGUGGGGGAAUACCUCCCCUGGAAUGAUCACUUCACUGCUACACCGACUUCCUGGACGUGGAGUCGCUUUGCUACUUGGAGGCUUUUUUCUUUUUCUUUUUUUUUGACCCAGAGUGGACAAGCGGUGACGUCUUUCUAACUUGAGCUGGAUUCAAAUUUGUUUGGGGUCUGUUUGUUUUGUCGUUUUUGUCAUCACUUCUAAUUUUCCUUUCUAAAUGAAUUCCGAUGGAUUGUGUCACGAUUUGAUUUAUGCAACCCCCCCGCUGCAAUGAGAAAAGACUGCGUUUGUAAUUGUUUUCUGACGUUGUUACAGAAGGCUCAUGUCCGGUAAUCGAAUACGUUCCCCCCGUCUCUUUCCUCCGCGAUCCGUUUCCUGUCCUGUGAGGCGGAGACAUCGACAUUCCAACGUUCCCAGACAACACUUUUUUUGCACUCGCUCACUGUCAUCGAUUAUGUAGAAUGUUUUCUCUUUGUCGUUCUUGGGUGUUCAUCGCUUUAAAAAGAUGUAUUUGCCCAUGUGUGUUUGCUAGAUGUACAUAGAGAGGACUAUUUGAUGAAUUAAUUUUGCUGUCGUGUUGUUUUCAUGUAGUCAUGUGCUGUUUAGAGGAAAACUACCACCAGAGCCUCAGGUGAAUCUUAACUCCAUGCACUAGUGUGCAUGUACCGUGUGUGUGUGUGUGUGUGUGUGUGUGUGUGUGUGUGUGUGUGUGUGUGUGUGUGUGUGUGUGUGUGUGUGUGUGUGUGUGUGUGUGUGUGUGUGUGUGUGUGUGUGUGUGUGUGUGUGUGUGUGUGUGUGUGGUUGAGUGUGUGGUUGAGUGUGUGUAUGAGUGUGAGUUUCUUUUCUGAGGGAGCUUCUCACAGUGCCUGUGUAAUGUCUGUCCUCUCAGAUGCUGUCCCACACCACCUCUGCUCCCAAUAAUCACAUUUGGGUUUCUCCCCCUUCACCGUGUGAGACUACCCAUGGCCGCCCUGCAUCACGUCUCCACGUCUAGCUGUCUCAAGGACAAAACGUUUUCCUGCCCCCGUGUAUCUAAGCGGUCAGUGUCGCGUGCUCCCCGACAGCCACAAAAACAACGACAGAUGGAUUUGGAGUAGUGGGUCUUUGCGCUGCUCUCGUCUUUAUCUGAGAAUGUUCCCAUGAUCCUCUCCCCAUGCCGCCUCCUAGAUCCACAGGAGGGGGCAGGGAGGGGGGGGUUCAGGUGGCAUGCCGGAGCUGAACUCGGAGCAGCCCUCCUAGCAACGGCCAGGCCGGUUCUCUCACCCCUCCAACCUGCGCUGCUCACGUUGUCAUGGUAGCCAGGUGUUCCACACAAACACACUAUACACUCAGAGCCGCCGAGGGCCCCGCCCGGGCUGCGACCCUUCCCCCGUCUGUUGCACUACUAUGCCUUACUUUCCCCCACGCUCACCUGUCACUUCGCUUCCCCUCGCUCACGCCUCGCCUCCUUGUGUUUGUCAUGGGCAGCACGAGUGUGGAGAGUGAAGGCCGCUUGUUGUCCUUUUUUCUUUUCUUUUUUUCGAUUUCUGUUUCUUCUUUUUAUCUUUUUUGAAGAAUGUAUGAUACAUAGGCCCGGAUCACAUCUAUGGUUUUUAUUCUCCCCCAAGUCACUUGAAGGAACCACCCAGGAUGCUGAUCUUAAAGAUUGUAGGUUAUAGAUGAUGUCUGUCCAAGGGGUCUGUGUGCCCCCCCCCCCCCCCUUUUAAUGGCUUAGUCACUGGAGAUGUCGGUUUUGACGAGACGAGGAUUGUGUGUCUUAUAUACGUGAAGAAAAAUGAGCUAUAGUGUUAGUUCCUGGUAGGUCGUCUCUUUUCUUCUCGUUUUAGAAAUCCUUGUACAUUGUGUCAAAUCUGAGGGGGCGUCCUCUGAAUAUAAAUAUAUGAAUGCCUGUAAUAUAAUCUUUGUAUCAGAGGAAAGAGGAAAAAAAUGCUUGAAGAUUUCACCCUUACUUGUCAACAUAUCAAGACUGUUUUUAAAUGACCGAAGUCCUGCUAUCUUUAUUAGAAAUGUGAAAAUUGAGACAUUUCAUUAAAUCAAUUUGAUCUUA